AAUACCGAGACUGUGGUGGUCUUAUGCGGGAGUAAGUCACAAGUAGGCUACAUGUGUUGUAGCUGACCACUCAGACCAGACCACAAAAAAUGUAUUCAUGUAAAUGAUUGAUAUCAGAGUUCGUCUCUUUCAGUGGGCUGGUCUUAAUUCAAACAAGGAAGCUGCUCCAGCGGUGUUGUUGCCGCGCGGAAAUGUGAAAACAGUUUGCCGUUUAACCGGAGAGGGUUAAGGCGGUUUAACGAUAGAGAUUAGCAGUGGACCACAUCCAUAACAAAAAUGAUAAUUUACCUACUCAUAACGGUUGUGUUCGUUGCUGUUUAUCCAGUCCAAACGUUAGACAAUGGCCUUGCCCUGACCCCUACAAUGGGAUGGUUGCACUGGGAGAGAUUCAUGUGCAACACUGAUUGUGCCAUGGACCCUCAUAACUGCAUAAGGGAGGAGCUGUACAUGCAGAUGGCGGACGUGAUGGUGAAGGAGGGUUGGCUGGAGGCGGGCUAUGAGUAUGUGUGCAUAGACGACUGUUGGCCCCUUCACCAGCGGGAUCCCCAGGGACGCCUGCAAGCCGACCCCAAGAGGUUCCCCAGCGGCAUCAAGAAGCUGGCCGACUACGUUCAUUCUAAGGGUUUAAAACUGGGAAUCUAUGCUGAUGUGGGGUCCAAGACUUGUGCUGGCUACCCUGGCAGCCUAGGUCACUACGAAACUGAUGCCAAAACCUUUGCUGAAUGGGGUGUGGAUUUGUUGAAGUUCGAUGGCUGCUAUAUGAACUGGACUAUGCUCGGAGAAGGUUAUAAGAAUAUGUCCAGAGCUUUGAAUCAAACGGGAAGAAGCAUUGUUUACUCCUGCGAGUGGCCACUGUACGAGUGGCCGUAUCACGAGCCAAAUUACACAGCGAUUAGGGAGACUUGCAACCACUGGAGAAACUUUGCAGACGUGUACGACUCAUGGAGUAGCAUUAAAACCAUUCUGGACUGGACAGCAACCAAUCAGAGGAUCCUCACCCCGGCUGCAGGACCCGGCGGGUGGAACGACCCAGAUAUGCUGGUCAUUGGAAACUUUGGGCUGAGCCAUAACCAGCAGCAGUCUCAGAUGGCCCUGUGGGCCAUCAUGGCCGCCCCGUUGCUGAUGUCCAAUGACCUGCGAGACAUCUGUCCCAAGUCCAAAGAGCUGCUGCAGAACCGGAGGAUCAUCGCCAUCAACCAGGAUCCUCUGGGGAAACAGGGCAACCGGACGGGAGUGGUGGACCAAUUUGAGAUAUGGGAGCGUCCUCUGUCCGGAGCCAGGCUGGCCCUGGCCAUCCUCAACAGACAGGAGAUCGGAGGACCGCGAGGGUUCCCCCUCACACUGGCUACUCUGCCCAAUUACCAGUACUGCAACCCCACGUGUAACGUCACACAGAUCCUGCCCGUGUACCAAGAGCUGGGGGUCCAGGGUCUCUUCACUAAGCUGGUGCUGAAGAUCAACCCCUCAGGCACAGCGCUACUGACCGUACGUCACAUUCAGGACUAGUGCUGCAGCGAACGGUUAUUUUCAUAGGUUGAUUAAUCUGAUUGUUUGAGAUUAAAUGAUUAAGUGUUUCAUAAAAUAUCAGGAAAUGGUGAAAAAAAAAAAAAAUCAAUUUUCCUAAAGCCUGAGGUGGUCCUAAAAUGCCUUAUCCACUUGCCAAAAACAUGGAACAUUUUCAUCUUUACUUUUCUAAGUUCAAAAAGCUGCCAUUAGAGGAUUGAGAUUUUCCUUAAAAGUGACACUUGCUAAACAGUUAAUUUUGGGUAACAAUAGUUGACAAUUGCGUUCUUUAAAGUGCUUUUCAGGAAGCGAAGAUUAAGGGUCAAACAGACACAAGCACUUUACAUCAUGGGAGUUUUUCCACUUGCACUUGUAUGUCUAACACAAGACUACCCAGCUGUAACUAGGGCACCACAAUAGACUACAGGCACAAAAGAGAUUACUACAGGCACAAAAUGCUUAAUAUAACUUCUACGAAGACCAUUUGAUGGUAAACAAAAUUGUAAUAGGCGAAUCGUUCACCUAGUGUGGCUGUACAGCAUAAAUGUAGCGCGUCGCUAAACUGAGGAAACCUUGUCAGCAAAUUCCAAAUUAGACAUUUGGACUUUUGCCCAAAUUGUGCAGCCCUAGUUGUAACAGGUUUAUGCCCUAAGUGCAUACAGCAACAGAUAGCUUGAAAGGUUUGCUAGGUGUGUACGCCUGUUGUAAAAUGUUUAUUUGAGCCACAUGUACCAUUGGUCAUCUAUAUGGACAGGCAAUGUGAACAGGCUGAAGGACAUUGCUGAAAUCUACAUGCCAUCUCACAUCCAUACUUUGCUUUUGGGAGAGCAAUUAGAACAAUAUGUUGUCGGUUAUUAAAUGUAAUUUGCUUCUAUCAAACUCAAAUGAAUUGAGAAGCCUCUUGCCACUCUGAAAAAACUUGAAAUGAAUCAUGGAAAUGGCAUCACAAAACUUGAAGGAGCCAUUCACUUUGUCCCAGAUUUCAUAAUGUACUCCACAGGUUCACACUGAAAUCAGACAGAUGCUUCAGUAACCUAUCUGCUGAUAAACCAUUCUCUGUAAAUAAAUCCAUCAGUCUUUA